AUGAAAGAGAAGUCCAAAAAUGCUGCCCGGACUAGACGGGAGAAAGAAAACAGUGAAUUUUAUGAACUGGCUAAAUUACUGCCUUUGCCCUCAGCUAUCACCUCUCAGCUGGAUAAAGCCUCAAUAAUCAGACUCACCACCAGCUAUUUAAAAAUGAGGGUGGUUUUUCCUGAAGGACUUGGCGAAGCCUGGGGCCAUACUAGUCGAACCAGCCCUUUGGAUAAUGUUGGACGGGAGCUGGGAUCCCAUCUUUUGCAGACGUUGGAUGGCUUCAUAUUUGUUGUGGCUCCAGACGGCAAGAUCAUGUACAUUUCAGAGACGGCCUCCGUUCAUCUGGGUUUAUCACAGGUAGAGCUGACCGGAAAUAGCAUUUACGAAUACAUCCACCCUGCUGAUCACGAUGAGAUGACCGCGGUGCUCACAGCUCACCAGCCCUACCACUCUCACUUCGUGCAGGAGUACGAGAUCGAGCGCUCCUUUUUCCUAAGGAUGAAGUGCGUCUUGGCUAAGAGGAAUGCGGGGCUGACCUGCGGGGGCUACAAGGUCAUUCAUUGCAGCGGCUACCUGAAGAUCCGCCAGUACAGCCUGGACAUGUCCCCCUUCGAUGGCUGCUACCAGAACGUUGGCUUGGUCGCUGUUGGCCACUCGCUACCUCCCAGCGCAGUGACAGAAAUCAAGCUGCACAGCAAUAUGUUCAUGUUCCGGGCCAGCCUGGACAUGAAGCUCAUCUUCUUAGAUUCCAGGGUGGCUGAGCUGACGGGUUACGAGCCGCAGGACCUGAUAGAGAAGACCCUUUACCACCACGUCCAUGGCUGUGACACUUUCCACUUGCGCUGCGCUCACCAUUUGUUGCUCGUGAAAGGGCAGGUGACCACCAAAUACUACCGCUUCCUGGCCAAGCACGGCGGCUGGGUGUGGGUGCAGAGCUAUGCCACCAUCGUGCACAACAGCAGGUCCUCGCGGCCACACUGCAUAGUCAGCGUCAACUACGUCCUCACGGAUACUGAAUAUAAAGGACUACAACUCUCCCUGGAUCAAGUGACAGCAACCAAGCCAUCAUUCUCAUACGCAAAUUCAACUCCAACCAUAACGGACAAUAGAAAGGGCAGCAAAUCACGGCUCGCAAGCACGAAGUCAAAAUCAAGGACAUCACCGUAUCCACAGUAUUCUGGAUUUCACACAGAAAGAUCUGAAUCUGACCAUGAGAGCCAAUGGGGUGGAAGUCCACUAACUGAUACUGCCUCUCCACAAUUACUGGAACCUGCUGAAAGGCCAAGCUCUCAACACCAUGAUGUCUCCUGUGCCUAUAGACAGUACUCAGACCGCAGCUCUCUCUGCUAUGGUUUUGCACUUGACCAUUCCAGGUUGACUGAUGAUAGACAUUUCCAUACUCAGGCCUGUGAAGGAGGCAGGUGUGAGGCUGGUAGAUAUUUCCUGGGCACACCGCAGCCUGGAAGGGAUACUUGGUGGGGUUCUCGUUCAGCAUUGCCCCUGACAAAAACUUCCCCUGAAAGCAGAGAAGCAUAUGAAAACAGCAUGCCCCACAUCACUUCAGUUCACAGGAUACAUGGGAGAGGACACUGGGAUGAGGACAGUGUUGUUAGCUCCCCAGAUCCUGGCUCUGCUAGUGAAUCAGGAGACCGAUACCGUACUGAGCAGUAUCAAAGUAGUCCACAUGAGCCCAGCAAAAUUGAAACUCUAAUAAGAGCUACCCAGCAAAUGAUUAAAGAGGAAGAAAACAGGCUUCAGCUACAGAAAACAACCCCUGAUCAGCUGGUCUCUAUUAACGGAGCAGGGAAAAAGCACUCUAUUUGUUUUGCAAACUACCAGCCACAGCAGUUGACAGGGGAUGUCUGCCGUGUUCCUACAGUUGCCAACACCUCUCCUUGUGAACACAUCCAGCAACGAGAUGGAAAGCUUAUGAGCCCACAUGAAAAUGAUUAUGACAACAGCCCCACAACACUGUCUAGGAUAAGCAGCCCAAAUUCCGACCGCAUUUCUAAAUCUAGUUUGAUACUAGCUAAAGACUACCUGCAUUCAGACAUGUCCCCCCAUCAAGCCACAGGGGACCAUCCAGCAGCUUCUCCAAACUAUUACACCUCCCACAGGCAGUACUUUGACAAGCAUGCUUACACGUUAACUGGAUAUGCUCUGGAGCAUCUAUAUGACAGUGAAACCAUUAGAAACUAUUCCUUGGGCUGUAAUGGAUCACACUUUGAUGUGACUUCUCACUUAAGGAUGCAGCAAGAUCCAGCACAGGGACACAAGGGGACAUCUGUUAUAAUAACCAAUGGAAGCUGA